AUGAACAGACAGGAAUCCAUAAAUUCGUUUAAUUCAGACGAAACAUCUUCGUUGUCUGAUGUAGAAAGUCAGCAGCCGCAACAAUAUAUUCCUUCAGAGAAUGGAUCUAAAUCCAAUAUGGCCCCUAAUCAACUGAAGUUGACUCGGACGGAAACCGUGAAAUCAUUGCAGGACAUGGGUGUGAGCUCCAAGGCCCCCGUCCCUGAUGUCAACGCUCCUCAAUCUAGCAAGAAUAAGAUUUUUCCUGAGGAAUAUACUUUAGAAACCCCUACAGGGUUGGUUCCUGUCGCUACUUUACAUUCCAUAGGUAGAACCUCUACUGCGAUCUCCCGUACGAGAACUAGGCAGAUUGAUGGUGCCUCUUCGCCCUCUUCUAAUGAAGAUGCUUUAGAAAGUGAUAACAAUGAAAAGGGUAAAGAAGGCGACUCUAGCGGUGCAAAUGACGAAGCGCCAGACCUAGACCCGGAGAUUGAAUUUGUUACUUUUGUCACUGGUGAUCCAGAAAACCCCCACAACUGGCCCGGAUGGAUUCGUUGGAGUUACACCGUUCUGCUGUCCAUUUUAGUUAUUUGCGUUGCCUACGGGUCCGCUUGCAUCAGUGGUGGGUUAGGAACCGUUGAAAAGAAGUACCAUGUUGGUAUGGAAGCCGCUAUUUUAUCAUGUUCUUUAAUGGUUAUUGGGUUCUCACUGGGCCCUUUGAUUUGGUCUCCUGUUAGUGAUCUUUACGGUAGAAGGGUCGCCUACUUUGUCUCUAUGGGUCUUUAUGUCAUCUUCAACAUUCCUUGCGCUUUAGCCCCCAAUUUAGGUUGUCUUUUAGCUUGUAGAUUUCUAUGUGGUGUUUGGUCAUCUUCAGGUCUAUGUCUAGUUGGUGGGUCUAUUGCCGAUAUGUUCCCAAGUGAAACAAGAGGUAAGGCCAUUGCCUUCUUUGCUUUUGCUCCUUAUGUUGGUCCCGUCGUUGGCCCAUUAGUUAACGGUUUUAUUUCCGUUUCUACCGGCCGUAUGGACCUGAUCUUUUGGGUAAAUAUGGCCUUUGCAGGUGUUAUGUGGAUCAUAUCCUCUGCUAUUCCAGAAACAUACGCUCCCGUCAUCUUAAAGAGAAAGGCCGCUAGAUUAAGAAAAGAGACUGGUAACCCUAAGAUUAUGACUGAACAAGAGGCCCAAGGUGUCAGUAUGAGUGAAAUGAUGAGAGCCUGUUUGUUAAGACCUCUAUACUUCGCUGUCACUGAACCUGUUCUGGUCGCCACUUGUUUCUAUGUGUGUUUGAUUUACUCUCUAUUAUAUGCGUUCUUUUUUGCCUUCCCUGUCAUUUUUGGUGAAUUAUAUGGCUACAAAGACAAUCUUGUGGGUUUAAUGUUUAUUCCUAUUGUUAUUGGUGCUCUUUGGGCAUUGGCUACAACUUUCUACUGUGAAAACAAGUACCUAAAAAUUGUCAAAGAGCGUAAACCUACUCCUGAAGAUCGUUUGUUGGGUGCCAAGAUCGGUGCUCCAUUUGCUGCCAUUGCUCUUUGGAUCUUGGGUGCCACCGCUUAUAAACAUAUUAUUUGGGUUGGCCCAGCUUCAGCUGGUUUAGCUUUUGGUUUCGGUAUGGUGUUGAUUUAUUAUUCAUUGAAUAAUUACAUUAUUGAUUGCUACGUCCAAUACGCAUCCAGUGCUUUGGCUACAAAGGUUUUCCUAAGAUCCGCUGGUGGUGCUGCCUUCCCAUUGUUCACCAUUCAAAUGUAUCACAAAUUGAACUUGCAUUGGGGCUCUUGGUUAUUAGCUUUCAUCUCUACUGCAAUGAUUGCUUUACCUUUUGCAUUUUCUUACUGGGGUAAAGGCUUGAGACAUAAGUUGUCCAAGAAAGAUUACUCUAUAGAUAGUAUUGAAUGA